GAGGUGACAUCUAAAUAAAACUGGGUGUACCUAGAUGACAUUGAGAUACUGGUUCAAUGUUAGUGAUUACUGUUUUUACUAGCUAAAUAACGUCUAUUUAUUCUUAUUUAUUUAUCUCUUGUGUCCUCCUCUAUAGUUUUAACCUUUAAUUUAUUUAGUGUUGGUCGGGUCCUUCUCCCUGUGUAAAUUUGAAUUAAUAUGGCAAGUCAAUCUGAAGGUAUACGAAAGCUUCUUGAUGCCGAGAAAAAGGCUGCUGAAAAGGUUGCUGAGGCCAGAAGGAAAAAGGCAAGAAGAUUGAAGCAAGCUAAAGAGGAGGCUAUCAUUGAGAUCGAAAAAUUCCGCAAAGAAAGGGAAGAAAACUUCUUAGCUUAUGAGAAGAAACAUAUGGGCUCAAAGGACGACGAGCAAAUUAAAAUUGAACAAGAAACCCGGACCAGAUUGGAUGCUAUGCACAAAAAAGUGGCUGCAACCAAAGAUAAGGUUAUUGAGGAGCUUCUUCAGAUGGUUAUUUGUAAUGUCCAGCCAUCGUUACACCGUAAUUUAAGAUUAUAAUCGAAUCAUAUCUUGGUUUUUGAAUUUCAACUCUCCUUUCUCCUCACUUUAACCUAUCUUUUUACCAUCUUUUGCUCUGUGUCCAUGUUUACUUGUAUACUCUUGUCUCGCGACAAUGCGUCGCCAGGAUUGAAUUGGAUUAGGUCUUGGUCAGACUCUAUCGAUAGUAAAAGACCUGGACCUUACUUUUCUCUAUUUUCUUCCUUCUUUUUGUCAUUCCAUGCCUUUUCUCUUUCUUCUCUUUCUUCUGUUUACCUAUUUUUCUCUUUUUUAUUUAAUCGUGAUUGUUCAUUGCCAAUUUAAAAAAAAUGAAAUGUUUAUUGAAGAGUGAUUUUAGUCAAGAUGAAAUAAAAUUCAAUGUUAACCAUUGAUAAAUGAAA